CACCUGUGCCCAGCAGUAUCACCCACCUGUGCCCAGAAGUGCCACCCACCUGUGCCCAGCAGUGCCACCCACCUGUGCCACCCCACAGUGCAGCCCCAGUGCCACCCACCAGUGCAGCCCAGCAGUGCCACCCACCAGUGCAGCCCAGCAGUGCCACCCACCAGUGCAGCCCAGCAGUGCUGCCAGUCAGUGCCCAGGGGUUGUUCCAGUCAGUGCUGCCAGUCAGUGCCCAGCAGUGAUGCCAGUCAGUGCCGUCUAUCAGUACCCAUAAUCAGUGUCACCUAUCAGUGCUGCAUAUUAGUGCCGCCUAUCCGUGACACCUCAUUAGUACUGCCUAUCAGUGCCCUUUAG